GCAGUUCGCGUAAUUCAAAAUGGCGCUUGGUGUCGGCGUUCAGCGUCAGUGCAACGGCCGCACGGUAGCACUUCGGUGGCCUUGCGCGCGGCACCGGGACAUCGUACCCCGCCAGCAGCGUGUUCAGUGCACAGCACCGUCUGCCAGCGAAGCGACAGCCCUGGAUGUUGAGUCGUUCUACGUCCCUGGUGCGCCCGCGCCGCCAGAACUUGCGGGGCCAAUACGUGUUGAGAGGAUGCCGGCGAGGGGAGGUGGCCGCGGCGUCUGCGCGACAGCGACGUUGGCCGCUGGGGACCUGGUCCUCGUGUCACGGCCGAUGGCUUACGUUACUAGCGAGUUCGGAACUCUGCCUGAUGUGGAGGAGCUGGUGGCAAGUACAAAAUGCUCCGAUUUGUGUGCAAAUCAACGGGCUUUGCUGUUGGACUUGCAUGCCGGCGACGACAUCGCCCAGGAGGACGGCGACGUCCCGGGCAGCGGCGCCACGGAGGUGGUGACGGAGGAGCGCCUGUACGGCAUCAUAGGCUGUAACUCCUUCGGUGAGGAGUUCACGGACUUCGCCUCCAGCCUGGCGCGUGCGCCGCCGCCCGAGCGCAGCCCGCAGCAGCAGCCUGGCGGUGGCGGGCCAGUGCAGGUGCAGGUGGGGCACCUGGGUCUGUGGCACUCGUUCUCCAUGCUCAACCACAGCUGCUGCCCCAACGCGGUCAACUACGUGGUGGGCGACUCCAUGUGCGUCUUCGCGGCGGGGCACGUGGAGCAGGGCUCCGAGCUCCUGAUCAACUACCUGGGCGCGGCCUCGCUGCGCCCCGUGGAGGAGCGGCAGGCGGGCCUGGCCGAGGCCUACGCCUUCUCGUGCGGCUGCCCGCGCUGCAGCCUGGAGCUGCUGCACGGCUGCAGCAGUAGCAGCAAUAGCAGCGCCGGCAGUAUGUCGGUGUCGGAAGAGCUCCAGGUGUUGUUGGGCCGCUGCACGGACCGUGCGGCCGAGCUGCAAGACAUCCUGGCUGGCCCCUCCGCUCCCCCGACCCCCGGUGACCAGCUGGCGGCGCUGACGGAGCUGUGCGAGCAGGCGGCGGCCGACCUGGCGGCGGCGGAGGCUCUGAUGACGCCGGCGCCGCAGCUCAUGAUGCAGCUGAUGCAGACGCAACAGGCCGGCCCCGGCCAGGCGAUGCUGUGGCUACGUGCGGCCGCUUAUGAGAUGUACUCGCAGCGCACGGCUAUCGCAGAGGCGGCAGCGCGCUGCAUGGAGGCGGCGGAAGCCCAGGGAGCGGCAGCAGCGGAGGCGACCGAGGCAGCAGCCGUCCCAUCCUCAGGGGCGGCUGAGCUGACGGAGCGGCUGUGGGCGGCGGCGGCUGGCGCGCUGGAGUCGCAGCUGGGUCUGGUGGCGGCCGUGGCGCCGCACUCGGACCUGCACCUGUUCCUGGCCACCAAGGCGCUGGCGCUGGCGCAGGCGGCGGAGGGCAGGGCGCGGGCAAGGGAGGGGGCUGGGCAGCAGAGCGCGGCGGCUGAGCAAGUGGUGGGGUCAGAGGCCGCCCUGGCGCGCUGCUGCGCGGUGGUGCGGGGGCGGUACGGGCGGCAGCUGAGUGACGGGACUGUGCAGCGGCUGCUGGAGGGGGCGGCGGUGGGCCUGAGCCAGGUGGCUGUGUGAGUGGUGUUGUGGAGACGGGCCGUCGGGCUGGAUGAAGGCCUCGAGGCUCAGUUACAUAGCGCGGCGCCAAGGCGCCAACCACCUGUCUAUCGUAUGUUUGCGUAGCAACUAAGGUGCGGGAAAGUCUUGAUGCAUGCGGUUUCAAUCACAGCAUGACGAGCGUGCAUUGCACGAACGCAAAUUUCGCCUUCGUUAGCCCGGCUAUCUACGGUUUGUAAGUGUGGACGAAU